AAUUAUAAUAACGAAGUUCCUGAUCAACUUGAAGAUGAAUCUUUUGAAAAAGAAUUGGAUCGUUCAAGAAGAGAAUUUAUACAAUUCAAUCAGGAUUUAGAUGAAAUUGCUCAAUAUAUGAAACAGUUAUUUGAGGGAUCUCCUCAUUUUCUUACCGGAAUGGAAGAAAUAAAACAAAAACAAGAUAUCAUUGAAGAACGCAUCUUGUUAAUGCAAGAAAAAAUAAUAGAGAAUGAAAGUCGAUUAUCAGAUUUUCAAUUUCUUCAAAAUAAAGUACAUGAGGAAAUUAAUAAUGAUCUAAAAAUGAUUCAAGAGCAAAUUUAUGAAAUUCUCAAAAAACAUCAGAACGCGCAUACAAACAUAUCAACCAUUUGCACUAAUCAAGCGAGAACUAGCGAACAACUUGAACUCAUGUUACAAGCUAUACAUGAGUACGCUAGGUUGAUAGAAGAAGCUAGUCUUACCAUCAAACAUUUCGCUGAUGUGUCACCAAGAAAAGAAUAUGAAUCACUUGACUUGUCACCUUUUCACAAAAAGUAUCAAUCAAGUCGUAUAAAAUCAUCAGAUCUAAGUUCACCAAGUUCCCCAAGUUCACCGACAGAGUCACCACAAUCCUCAAGAGCUUCUAAUCAUACAACGAUAACUACACCAACAAGCGUUGUCACCGAUCUUUCUGGUCAAUCAUCACCACUUUCAUCAGAUUCAAUACAACCUAAUCAUUCGGUUUCCGAAUUACCACAAUAUCAAAAACUUUUACUCGAAAUCGAUAGAAUGCGUCGUGCAGCUGUGGGAUUAAAAUUUUUAUAUUAUGCUCAUAAAUUAAAUGAUUAUAAGAGCAAUUUUCCCGAUAAUGAUUGUGACCUGGAUCUAGAUUUAUAUGAGGAUUCUUUUACAGAUGAUGUGACAAACUCUUAUGACUUUAAUAAAAAUAAUGAAUUAGGUCUUAAAAAUUUAAAUAAUCACAAUAACAUUAAUAAAGAUAGCGGUGAAAAGAGCAAAGAUGGUAUAGGAAAAAUAUGUGCCUAUGUACGUAGAAGAUCACAAAAAAGAUCAUUAGUAGUACAUUCUUAUGAAUUAAUGAGAUUUAAUAAGCGGACAUUGAUCAAACAACAAGUAAAGGACAUUGGAUCAACAAAUAGGAUCAACAACUGA